UGGACAAAGCCGGAAGAUAUCGAUCCGUUCGAGUUGCUGGCGUUAACACCGAUCGACGAUAACGAGCUAAAAGGAAUUCAAUUACUCAUGGCCGACGGAACCAUGAUGAACGAAGCCAAUCCGUUUGAUAGUCCGAGCGAGCGUGGUGCGGAGCCGGAUGGGAAGUGGGUGUGGAAGCCAACGAUCGUUGAGAUGUUGGUGAUCGUCGGGAUUGUCUUUGUGUUGGUCAUGCUGCUGUUGCCGUUCCCGAGGUCUGGCGUCACACCGGCUCGGCGGAUGUUGACGCAGAACCACCUGAAGAUGGUCGGUCUCGCGCUGCUGAACUAUCACGAUGUGUACGGCACAUUUCCUCCGGCGGUGGUGACCGAUGCCGAUGGUAAGCCGCUUUAUUCGUGGCGUGUGUUGAUCUUGCCGUUCACCGAGUACCAGCCGUUGUACGAGAAGUUCGACUUGUCGCAGCCGUGGGAUAGCGAGACGAACUUGCCGUUGGUGGCGGAGAUGCCGUACUUCUUCGAGAGCCCCUAUCUCGAUCAUAGGGCGAACGUCGGGAAGACGCCCUACCUGGCAAUUGUCGAUACUCAGGACGAACGCACUGUCAUGCGUCCCUACGUUGGCAGGCCGUUAAGCGAGGUGACCGACGGUACGAACGAAACCGGAGUGGUGGUCGAUUUUCCGCAGAAGGCAGGCAUCUGGACGAAGCCGUACGAUGUUAGCCCGCAAGAACUGUUGGUGCGUCCGACCAUCGAAAUCAAGGGGCAGCGUGGCUAUCCGAUUUUGCGAUCCGAUGGUUCGGUCUAUUGGCUCUGCGUGGAGGAUGCCAGCGAAGUGAUUCCGUAUCUGUACUGCGACGACAAAAUCACUCCGGAUGAAACGUAA